AUGACGGAGGCCUGGUCCCCGUGCGAAACCGUGCCCGCGAGCCUGGUGGCCCAGUGCUGCGGGUGGCUCGCCGGCCACACGCACCAGUUCGACUCGUUGGCGGGUCUGCCCACGGACCUGCGCGAGACAGUCCUGCGCUGCCUGGCCCAGCGCGAGCUCCUCGACGACCGCACCUUCGGCCUCCUCUUCUCCCCUCAGGGUGCGGGGUUUGGUAGAUUGCGGCUGGCGGGCAACGGCGUGAGCGACGCCGGGCUGUGCCGCUUUCUGGACGAAUGCCACGACUCGCUCGCUGAGCUGACCAUCACGAGCUGCCCGCGGAUAUCGGGCCUCUCGCUACAGCGCGUGGGGCAGCUGUGCACCGGCCUGCGCUCGCUGCACAUCAGCGACCCCGGCCCGCUCGUUGACGAGCCCGCCAUCGCCAGCCUCUUCCCCUCUUCUUCUUCUCGAGACGAGGGCGGACACACCGGGCAUGGUGGCACUCUGCGUUCGUUGGUGCUGGAUGCGUGCGGGGAGAGGCUCCAAGACGCUUCCCUCGUGCGCAUGGCGCAGUUGUGGUCCGGCCUGUGCGCCCUCCGACUCUCCGAAUGCCCGGACCUGUCUGAUGCAUUUGUCUACGCGUCGGCGCCGAUUCUGUCGGGUUCGCUCACCUCACUCGAACUGAGUGGGUGCUCUUACCUCUCCGACCUUUCCCUGCGCGCCCUCGUACGAAUCCCCUCAUUUCCUGUCCUCCUCGCCGAGACCCCGAACCUCAUUGCCGUGAGACGUACGAAGCAUUUGACCAACUUGGCAACACUGAAGUUGAACCAAAACCCCAGCAUCACCCACAAGGGGCUCGCUCACAUUGCCACGUAA